GUGACCACGGUGAUUUUCGACAAGACCGGUACCAUCACAGAAGGUCGACCGCGAGUGAUUUCUGUACUAACUCUACGAUCACCACUCGACAUUCCGUUGAAAAUGCUGGUCCUCAUUUGUGGAUCUGCAGAGUCCCAAUCGGAACAUCCUAUAGGAGCAGCAAUCACAAAUUUCGCGAAACAAUGGCUGCGAGAUCCAACUUGGGCGGCCGUGUCUCGGUUUCAUGUCUCGGCAGGUCACGGAGUCUCGUGUCAGAUUUCGGGUGUUCGAAAGUCGCUGGAUUCAAUAAGGCAAGUUAACGGUCCAGUACUUUCCGAUGGCGAGGAAAUGGUUAUUUCUGAUUCGAACGUCAUUCACAAGCAGGUUUCGUGUAUGCCGACACUGAAGACCGUGAAAGAAAACGAUAGCUAUGAGGUAGUGAUAGGAAGUGAGCGCAUGAUGGAA